GAGAAUGUUGCAUGAAUAAAGUGUAUUUAAACUGUCCUAUCCCGAUGGUCGUUGAAAGAUAUUGAAGGAGGGUAUAGUUCUAAGAAUAUAUAAUAAUAGUGAAUAGUUCUAAGAAAUGGAACCGCGAACUUUCGUGUUGUGAAGUAGGAAGCGUCGAGAGGACGCGCUUCGAAGAGAGUGGAAGCAGAGGUGGGGGAUCGGAACCGACGAUUAAACAAUUUUAGCAUGAUCCUAGAGCGCCUAGCGUGCGUUAACGGAGGGUAAGGUCGAAGAAACUGGUACGUUGGCCGGCCCUGAGCGACUACCCGGCAAUGUGGGUCAUCGUCUAACUGUUCCGCGUACCGUUCCGUCGACUCUGCGCCGUCCAUUAGUCAGAUUCAACUGCUCCUCCUCUCCUUACCUCCACCACCUGUUUACCAUGGAAGGAGCAUCUCUUCUCUUCCUUCCUCGUUCUACCGGCACGUAUCGCGUUACCAUGGAUUCGAAGGAAUACGAAAGAAUAUAGAAACACGAUUGAUACGCUAUGAGAAGACCGUGGAAAGUUUGCCCCUGUUCACUCGAGCGUAUUUCAAUGAGAAAGAAACGUCGAGCUUGAAACUGGAAGCUUUGAACAUCGAGUAGCACUGUUUUCGAUAGCAUUCAGCGAAGGAAACUGGUAAGUAACGGAAGUCAGGCGAUAUUCCGGAGACCCGGUCGUUGAAUCGGCGCUCGGACUUUCAUUGAGACGAGAGAAUCUUUCGGGACCCUCUUCCCCUGACUUUCGUCUUGCUCGCAUCAAUCGGGGCCUCCACCUCUUCGUCCUCCCGUCACUGUCCGUCGUCUUCCUUCUACCACCUGGUCAUCCGGGGACCUCAGUCGACGUGCGAGCCUCCGCCAAGGCUGCAAGCUUUCGUACACCCGUCGCACGUACAAUUCGCUCGCGAACUUCGAUCGCGUUCUUCGCGAGACGAGAAGAGGAAAAACGAGAGUGGCGAACUCGAGGGUCGAGUACAUGGAGCUGUGAGUGCCUGGGAACCCCGAAGGUCGUUCGGCGACCACUGGAGAACGUUCACGUUUAUUUUACGCUUCAAUCAAGGUAGAGUUAAUAUCAUAAUAAAUUAUCCGUUAUUCUGUUUCGAAGUAGAUAUUUUUUAAUUACUUCUGUUCUCUGUUCAUAAAAUAAAGGAACGAUCAAUCGAGAGCGGGUAUGUUUCGAGGUAGGCAAUUAGAAUAUGUUCGAGUGAUCGUGGUACCGUUACAAUUAGACCGAGUUUACUGCAUCAAAAAUCUCAGACCGUUCCGUGCGUGACAAGCCCGCUGUAUGUAACAAAGUGUUAAAAAUCGAGGGAACCGGUUGAGCGCUCUAAUUUGAUCUCGUUUAUUAAAAAACAACAGAAUCGAACGUUCGGUCGUCAACCGCAGUUUUAUUAUAACGUUUCAAUAACGAAUAAGACGAGCAGGAAGAUUACCGAAAGUUCGAUUACAUUUCUAACUAGACCUUCUCUCAUUAAAAAUAAUUAUUUAAUUAUCGAGGAAGUAGAAAAUGUAUCCGAGAGGAUUCGAAUUAAUGUAUCUCGAGGACCGAACACGUACGUACAUCGCGUUCAUAACGAUGGUAUUGAAGGAACGGUAAAAAGAGGUCACGAGAGACUGAAUUCCAUCGAUGAAUAUUAUUACGGUUCCCUUCCGUUGGCCAAGGAAAACCGUGAUUCACGUUACGACGUGACCAAACAGCCUCUCGUGGAUGAAACCCCGAAAUCGAGCCGAUCGAAGUGGGUCAUCCUAACGAACAGUACAUACGUACACGCGUUCCUGUUUCGUGUACCAGUCACCGAGUUAGGAAGUGGUCACGGUCACGAACGCGCUAGAAGACGAAUAUUAUGGGACCUUGACCACUGAUUUUACAGGGUCGUCGCCUCUUGUCCACCCACACCGCAGACAUCGUGCCUCGUUUUCUGCUCUGAUUUCUCAACAGUCAGAGUGGUACGAUGGAUCCAAAAAUUAUCGAUCGAUCCGCGAGAUGUUUCACGAAACCGUGCGAGUCUCAAUGAUCGAAAGUAUUAUUAUAUAGAUAAGUUUCACGGGACGUUUCCGUUUCGGAAUGGUUGUGGACCGUUGGACCCAUUUAUUGACGACAACGAAAGCUCGCUCGAAAGUGCGAGUAACGAAAUGGUAAUGCCAAAUACAGCGAUCGAGAUUGUAGUACGACCUCGACAAAAGCUAGCUGGAAUGCCAUGAGAAGAGGCUGACAUGCUGGUCGAGAGAGGAAGGAAAAAGGGGUAGAAAAAGAGAACGUGAAAACCCGUUACGCGCCGGAACGCGAUUCCGCUCGAUGAAAGAUGUAACAGCUUGCCCCUGUUCAUUCUUCCAUUGUGCCGAUGGUCCGUUAAUUAGUCGCGGAAGGCGAACGUCUCGAAUCUAAAUUUUUACACCGAACAGAAUCCUCUUAACAGGCAUCUAUCGUCGCGUUAUACCUGGAAAGGAUACGGAAACGUACGCUCCUCAAGACGUAGCUCUGACGUUCUUCCUUUAAUAAAUCGAAAUUGACUCGAUGCCGAACAGAACUUUUGAAAAGUGAAAGAUGUAUAUGUACAAUGGACUUUCGAAUGACAAUACUGUGACGAUAGAUGUGAACGGUUAAUAAUCAGCCGAUUUGCAUUUGUUGCUCUUAUUCGGAGACGACGAUGCAGGCGCGUCGACGCGUUUACAGUAACUUCAGCGAUGGUGUAGUAGCGCGACAAAUCCGGUGGGCGUACGUGUAUCCCGCAUGCACAGUCGUGUCCAGAUAUGUUAAAUGUAGGACGCAAGAGGAACGAGACUCCUUUUCCGGCCUUUUACUCUGCCAUUCGUACGCGCUGUUACCCUACGAAAACAACCGACGAAAUUCCUCGACGAUAAAAUUCUUAUGUUAUUUAAUGUUGGACGUAAAGCGGUCGUGUAUUAUUUUAUUCUGAACGGCAGUCGAUUUCAGGUAAAUCGAGAACGAUGCAGCCCGGUUCGUGGACGCUCGUAGUCUUGAUGGUCUGCGCGGCAGACGCGGAGUACUUGAUGGGCGGCCACAUGGACAACAGUCCUCCAAAGUCGCUGUUAGAAGAGAUGGAAUCCUCUCCGAGUUUGGCAAGGACGGCGCAGCUGGGUGACCCUGACCUGGAUCUCGACGCGGAGGAGAGCACCGUUGCGUACUCGACGUCGGACGACGAAGGAACGCCGCGUUAUCACCUUCCGUAUCCUUUCGCCUUCAACGGUGGUAGACCGUUCUCUCUCGAGAAAGAUCCUAUCACUGGGAAGAUAGACUUCGAGAAGGCACCACCGGUCAAGGCUCUGAACUUCACCGCUCGUUACCCGGAGACGAACGAGGACGAUGGCAAGGAUGUCCCGAAAGAAAAUGAUUCGUAUUUAACGAAGCAGAAAGAAGCCGGCGAAGACGUCAGUCCCAACGAGAUCAAUCCGUACUCGCCCAAUUUCCACGAUUUCCUCAACCUUCCCGUUCACUAUCCAUCCGAUAAAUACGGUAAAGACAAGUACCCGCUGAUAUCGAGUUCUUACGCGAACACGAAGGUCCAGAGCGGGUCGAACAGCUACAGCAUUCACAAUCACAAGCCUUAUCACGGGGAAACUGUCGUGUACUACCCUACCAGGAAGCCGCACGUGCCUAAAACGACCACGAGCACGAGCACGAGCACGAGCACGAGCACGACCACGACCACGACCACAACCACGAUCAUGCCUAAGACUGCACCGUCGACGACGAGUAGCAGCACUACCACGACUAGCACGACUCCUAGACCUACGACAACUUCGACAACGACCACGACUUCUACGACCACCACGACGCCUCCUGCUACGACGGCCUCUACCAAAGUGCCGAUAGUGACGACUUGGAAACCUCAGAUGUCCACUCCAAAGCGGUUCGCUGAUCACCUGGAGGAGUAUGACGACGCACUUCCGAUAGAGAAGCUUCAAGGCAGCGCGUAUAGCAACAGCCAUCAGGGACCAAACAAUAUAGCGCACAUUCCUCAAACGAAACCUCCGAGCAAACAAGAGGAAUACGAUGCCUACGAGGAUUAUGAAAUCGGCGAAGGAGAGGAUUACGUCCCGACGAGGGAGUCGAGCAACGAAAUUGUUAAGACCAGCGCAUCGCCCACCACGGUGUCCGUCAAUACUACGACCGCUGCAGUUUCGGAAACCGCUUCCGCGAGCACCACCACGGCCGCCGCUCCGACUCCAUCGUCGUCUUCGGUGCAUCUUUCCGGCAUGCCUCAGGCAACUGUUUUCCAGAGCAACUCGCUGCCGUUUCAAGUUCAUCCGCACCGUCCAGUCACGUCCAUGCCCUUGAACAACGAUUACAGGGUGACGUUCGCGGAUGACAACCGGAGGCACGGAGCUGACGACGUGAUCGUGAACCAAGGAUACCGACCGAACGCGAUUGUGAACCAGAGACCGAGCGGAAUGGGCGGAGGAAUUCUGGUGGAGAGCACCAGUAACAUAGUGAUACCACCGGACCAGGACACGGUGUCCUUCGUUCUUGGAAACAGGCAAAACGUCGAAGGCGGAUAUUAUUCUUUGGGUACCGCCAUCGGAGAGAAUCCUUACACCGGAUCUACUGGAAUAGAUCCCUCUUUCCGACCUCUGUACGGUGUCGCACCCGACAAGAUCAGCCACGAUGCAGACCAUCGGGGAACGAUCGGCUUUCCUUCGGUGUCCGUAUUAGAGAACAAUCCGAAUUACGCCGCCCAGACGUGGAGACAGCCACCCUCCGGGGGACAGAAGUUGGCGAACGAGAUAGAACCUCUGAGAACACAGAAUUCGUUCGUAAAAGGUACCGUACGCCCGGAGCAAUCGGAAGAGAAGAAAGAAGAGAAAGAUGUGAACUACGUGGUGUUUCCUAAGGACGAGCCUGAGAAACCGGUCGAAGAGCACGUCGUUGUAAUAAACGAAGCCGAUGGGACUGUGCACGAACUGACAUCAGCUCCGGUCACGCCGAAGCCUUCGGUUCCUAACGAAGAUCAUCUUCCACAGCUGUCGGAGAACUUGACUCCACCGGCUGAGAGGCCAAUACCACCGUCGCCGCAGUACUAUUAUCAUUAUCAUCACUCGGGUCCGCCGAGACCGGACCAUCCCAGACCUCAAAGGCUGCCGUUACCACCUCGUGGCAAACUUCCGUCGUCUCCACCUCUUCCGCCGCCGCCACCUUCGGAACCGAUGGUGAUAAGAAGACGCCCUUAUCCGGACUCCAGUCUACCGAAUAUCCUGCCACAGUUUCGGCCGAAUGCAAAGACGUCUCACGGGCAUCGCGGAUCGGAAGCGAUCGGAACGAUCCCCGCUGCCCAAGCUUAUCCCACGAGAGUGAGACAGACUGUACAGCCGCAUCCUCCGACCAGAAGACCUUUCCCACCUCCGGCUCAUCUCCAGAGACUGAAUCCCCCUCCGCCUCCGAUCCACGCGCUCAGGGUAGCAGGCGCGGCUUCCUCGAAGACGGAGACCGUGGUACCGUUGCGAGAGGAAGGUGGUGCGACGAAAAGGUUUCGUCUCCCGUCGAUACCAGCCACGUCCAGGGGCGAGGACGACGUUAAGCAACGGGUGUCGAGCCAGAAACUGCGACUCGAAGAAGAGGAGAGAUCGGAACGAUACUCCGAGGAGCCGUCUCAGGUUCCGCCAAGGCCACCCAUAUUUCCGAAACGGAGGACAGCGGACUCGCCGCACGUAGCCACUCUUCAGAUGAUCCAACAACACGGGGAGGAACUGGAAGGGGAUGCGACGGAACCGAAUUUAUCCGCGAUCGAUGCCGACGACGACGAAUCGGAGAGAAUCGUGACCGAUCGCGACGCUGACAACAGGAGGGAGUUCGACACUGGGGAGAAGAUGGCCGAGCCGCCGGUCUACGUGGUCUACCCUGUGAACACCGCGGUGAACAUACACCCUGACGACUCUAUGGAGAAGGACGAGAGCGUGGUAGUCGGAACUAGAGGCCCGCAUCGACCACUUCCUCCAGAAACGUUGCUCCAAGAUAAUAACGAGGACCAGGAGGACGAGCGAAGUCCACCGGCGGUUCACAGUGUGUUCACUGGACGACCGGUCGUGUCAGAUUUCCCGUAUCCCCUGGAACGUCCCGAUCCUUCUAUCCUCGUGAACGGCAUGAGGGAAACGCCGUUGCUCGUACCGAGCGAUCAGAGACCGGGAGAACCCUUGAAAGAGAACACAGAAGGAAAGGACGACAAGGACUCGAGCGUGAACGUUAUACCGUAUCUGCAAGACUUCGUACCGUUCGCAGCUAAGAAGAACGAGCACAUUUCGGCUACGUUGCACCGUCUGCCAGUCCUGCCGUCUUCCACACCGAUCGCUUACGUCUACACGCCGACUGCGCAGGCUUCUCAUCGUUUAGACGUGAAUCUGAGGGACCAAGAGACUUCGAAACCCGACAAGAACGAGCAGAAGCCUGUCCUCUUGCCUUCUCAACAACCGUCGAGCUCCUCCAGCUCCGCGCCCUCCCCGCAGAAUUUCAUGGCGCCGUUCGUGGCCAGUGUCAGUGCAGAGGCGCCUUCCAAGAACGGCUGGAGCGUCGUCAUGGUCGAGCCUGUUAUCAAUAGGAAGUCCGACGACGAUUCCGCCGAAGCCACGUCGAACGUGGAAGAAACUCAGACGGAGAAAUCUGAAUUCGACCCGGAAAGUUUCAAGCCGCAGCUGUUCGGCGGGUUUAAACCGAUCUACGAGUUCCCUACGCACGACGAGGAGCGCGGAGAGCCUAGCCAAGGCUCGCAGGUGACCACGCAUCCUCAACAGCCUGGUAACUCGACCGUUUGACGAGUCUCUCGCGUAGAGAAUUAUACUAGUUGUACCAAAAUAGGCUCGGUUUCGAGUAUUUCGUCGAUCGUUCUUACCGCAUCGUCAGCACUUUGCGAAUGGAUAAUAAUCUCUGCUGGAAUAUCGUUGAAAUAUCUCGAAACCGCAUCGGUGACCGAGACGAUACGUUGUCUUCGUAGAGAUCGAACGAGUCUGUACAAGUCUGAAUAUUCAUACUAUCUUUCGUGAUGUCAGAUCAUUGAAUCGAAGGAGGGUCGGAUGCAACGAAGCGCAAGUAAAGUAAUGUUGGUAAUGAUAUUCGAAAAACAGUGAGGCGACUACUUGCUCUACUUUGCAUGCAAUCCGCUCGAACACAACGAAUCAUCUAAAAUGUAUCUCGACGACCAAUUGUAUCAAACACUACUUUAUUGAUAGACUACACGCAUAGCGAUUUAUAAAAUUCGAUCGAUAAAUAAGAAACUAUCGUACAUCUAGAGUCGUUAUUAUCAUACGUACGCGAGAAUUAGCAUAAGGAAUGUAUCUAUUUUCUACUUUCACCAUAAUUGUACGCUAAUUUAAUUACGCAUUUUGCAAUGCAAUAAAUUAUUCUUAAAUUA